CGCCGGAAAUCAUAGAAAUCUGCGACAACGCAACAUUAUAAUUCCAAUACGUGCCUUUAUUCAUCCCUAUGACAAUGCAAUACUUCUCCCAGCCAAAAAAAAACAUUCUGCCCACAACCGUAGCGAUUAUAAUCCUCCCUGUCCACAAAAUUCUGACUUUCGGUUUGGCGAUGCUGGUCCACCAUUAAAGUGGAUGACCGGCAUCUGGGCCGCAAAAAAUAUUCCUUCCCAAUCUAUUCCUAACCCUCAAUUCCAGUAAUUAUUUCCUCAUGGCCUGGGAAAAAUCUAAAAGAGGUAUUAGGAAACCACUCUCUAACCAAGUUGAGAUGAGCAAAUACUAAUUUGCGGUCUCUACUCGACAGUGGCCUAAACCAAAGUGUUACAUACGGGCAGAAAUUUUAUAAGAGGAAGCGGGUUGCCAGGAGGUUAAAAAGUAAUAGUAGUUCUGUGUCAAAAAUAUUAAAUUCUGACAUUUGGAUUUCGACACUAGAAUUCAAUUAUAAUCUGUGGUUUUUUUUCUAACUUGAAGCUGAAUGUCAGUAUCUGAGUACCUACUCAGUAAAUGUAUUGUAAAUAAUAAAAACAAAACGGAUAACCAAGAAAUAAGGCGAUAAGCACGAACAAUUAUUUUAUUGUAUACCAUAUUAAGAAAGUGAGUCACUCGAGAGUCUUGAUGUAUGGAUACAUUAAUACAAGCAAAUAACAAGGUUCAGACAACGUUAUGUUGGAGGCGAUUGGGUUCCUGGUGCUAAGUGGUGCGCUGUGGGGCUGCACCAAUCCCUUCAUCCGGCAGGGUACGAGGGGGCUGCGCGACGUCACGGCUACCACGUGGUGGGGGCAGGCCGUGGCUGAAGUUACCUUCUUGCUUGGAAACUGGAAGUACGUGGUGCCCUGGCUGGUGAACCAGUGCGGGUCGGUGGCGUACCUGGCGUCGCUGCAGAGGGCGCCGCUGUCGCUGGCCGUGCCCGCCGCCAACAGCCUCGCCUUCGUGUUCACCGCGCUCACCGGCGCGGCCAGCGGCCUCGAGGAACCGCUAGAUGCCAGGUCUAUAAUAGGUAUUGUUUUCAUAAUGGCAGGAACUGCACUGUGCUGUCAUGAUGCCAGCUGAUAACCUCAAAUGAAUGGUAAAGAGAAAUAAUUGACGAUUUAAAAUGUAUAAGUAAAUGGUUAUUUCUAUAGAAAAGCUAAGUUGUAUGAAAACUAAUAAUUAUUUAAUAAAUGUUAUUUAUAUUUUAUCCUGUUUAGAACAGAAAAUAUAACGUGGACGAAUUGAAAACUUAAUAAUUGUAAACGAGCCCGAAAUUUUAUAAUCCCAUAUGAUGAGAGAUGUCGCUUCUGCCGUGCCGUAGUGACCUCUCGCUUUCACAAUUGCUACAGCUCCCAAGCCAAAUGACAUUUUUACGAUAUUAAAAAAAGACCCUCAUUUAGGAAUUUAGUCCUUGGGUCGCGAAGGUUUCACAAACAUCCAAGUUACGAGCACAAAGACACCCGGACUCAAGACAAGCAUUCGCGGAUGACUCAAAUGCUUGUCCUACGCGGAGAUCCAACUCGCGACAAUGACAUGUCGCGAUCUGUGGGUUUGGCGUGGUGACCUCAACCACGCGCCUAUCCGUGCAGUCAUAAUCUCCAGUCUAAGUCAAAUCAGUCAUAUCGGUCAGUUCCAUAUUAUAUUAUAUUCGAGUAUUAUCUAAUUACUUAAACUAUCGUAGAAAUGUCAUUUGGCUGAGAUUACAUUGGUUUGCGACGCGGCCUGUAGACACACAGAUUAAAUAAUAAUUUUAUCCACGUGUAUCGCUGUUAUGUGUGCCUACGAUAUUAUUUUUUGUAUAAAUGAUAAGACUUAUAUUAGCUUCAUAAUAACAUCGACUGCACCAAAUUAUCAGAUAUAGAGAUAUGCAGAUAGGUAGAUGUUAUAAGCAGCUUAGGGGUCAUUGUGCUGAUAGUGGGUUUAUUCAUAACUAGCUGUUGCCCGCAACUCUGUCUGCGUGGACUUCAGUUUACAGCGUUACCUACUAGCUGUUGCCAGGCCUGCCCGCUAAAAAUGACCCCACGGCCGCACAGGAGCAUGAAAACGGGAUAAAACAUAAAAGCGGGAGACAGUGACCUAAGAAGAUAACAUUCCAUAACCACAAUUGUCAAGUGUUAUAGUUACCGGCACGGAUCUUGAGCGCCUGCGCAGAAGUAAUUUUUUGGGUCCCGUUUGCGGUAUGAAGUGAGGCGCGGGGCGGACUACAGUGCAGUGAUUGGCCCGCAGCGCAUCGCGUUAUGGCCGACAUUCGUGAUUCCUUCUUUGAUGCAGUUGCAUGCACCUCAAGACGGCUCAAGAUUGGCGUUUUAUAUUGUCAUGACUGUACGAUGCGUAAAGCGAUCCCCACUCUUUCGCCGAGCGCUCAAGAUCCGUGCCGGUAACUAUACAAGCCU